UCGCCGCCUAUCACCUUCUGUUUGCUAAGUAGCUAUCUGUACGGGAAAGUGGGUGUAAUGGAUAGAUGCGGACACUAACCUUAGCGAAAUAACGCGCCUGGCAAAACAUUAGCCCCUUUAAAACCACAACCAUGUUUGGUCGGUCACGGAGUUGGGUUGGAGGACAGGGGAGAACGAAAAACAUCCACUCCUUGGACCAUCUGAAGUAUAUGUACCAUGUCCUGACCAAAAACACCACAGUAACAGACCACAACCGAAAUCUAUUGGUGGAGACCAUCCGCUCCAUCACAGAGAUCCUCAUCUGGGGGGACCAGAAUGACAGCUCUGUGUUUGACUUCUUCCUGGAGAAGAACAUGUUUGCCUUCUUCCUGAACAUCCUACGUCAGAAGUCGGGACGCUACGUCUGCGUCCAGCUCCUCCAGACCCUCAACAUUCUGUUUGAGAACAUCAGCCAUGAGACGUCAUUAUAUUACCUCCUAUCGAACAACCACGUGAACUCCAUCAUCGUCCACAAGUUUGACUUCUCAGACGAGGAGAUCAUGGCCUACUAUAUCUCCUUCCUCAAGACCCUGUCACUCAAACUCAACAACCACACGGUGCACUUCUUCUACAAUGAGCACACUAAUGACUUUGCCCUGUACACCGAGGCCAUUAAGUUUUUCAACCACCCUGAAAGCAUGGUCCGCAUCGCAGUCCGCACCAUCACACUCAACGUCUACAAAGUUUCAUUGGACAACCAGCACAUGCUGCACUACAUCCGAGAUAAGACAGCAGUCCCAUAUUUCAGCAACUUGGUGUGGUUCAUUGGCAGCCAUGUCAUCGAACUGGACAAGUGUGUGCAGACAGAUGAGGAACAUAAGAACAGGGGGAAGUUAAGUGACCUGGUAGCAGAGCACCUUGACCACCUCCACUACCUGAAUGACAUCCUCAUUAUCAACUGUGAAUUCCUUAAUGACGUUUUGACGGACCACCUCCUUAACCGUCUGUUCUUGCCCCUCUAUGUGUACUCUUUGGUGAUCCCCGAGACGUCCGAGGAGCGAAAAAUCAACCCUCAGGUGUCCCUCUACCUGCUGUCUCAAGUGUUCCUGAUCAUCCACUAUCAGCCACUGGUCAACGCCCUGGCCGACGUUAUUCUAAACGGGGACCUGUCUGUCUUCACCCCACAGACAGACAUACACAGCACACAUAAGAACACGGCCAGUGCGGGAGGCGUGCGUCGGUUCACCAAGCCCCCGGAGUCUCUGGAGCGCUCCCUGGAGCUGUCCCGCCACCGUGGCCGCAAGAGGACCCAGAAGAGGCCGAACUACAAGAACCUGGGCGAGGAGGAGGACGAUGAAAGGGCUGGGGGAGGGGGAGGAAGCGGCGGACUUGGAGGAGAGGAGAGCUGGGAUGACAACGGCAGAGGAGGAGAGAGGGAGGGAGGCCGGGAGAGGGAGAAGGGAAAAGGUACAGAGGGAGUAGGAGGAGGAGGAGGAGGUGGGAGUUCUAAGGGAAGCAGAGCGAGUGGUGAGACGGCGGAAGAGAUAGAGAUGGUGGUGAUGGAGAAGUGUAUGGUGUCAGAGCUGACGGAGCAGAACAUCACCGAUGAGGAGAAAACCGCUGCAGCCACCCGCACACACGCACAGAGGAGCAGGCCAUUCUUAGACAUGGUGUACAGUGCCCUCGACUGCACCAGUGAUGACUACCAUGCCCUGUUUGUCCUCUGUCUGCUUUAUGCGGUCUCACACAGCAAAGGUAUAAACCGUGAUCUUCUGGAGCGGCUGCAGCUGCCAGUUCCUGACCAGGAGAGGAGCUCCUAUAGCCUAGUGCUGGUAGAGAGAUUAAUCAGAGUUAUGAGCCAGGCAGCACAGCCAGAUGGUAAAGUGCGUCUAGCUACUCUGGAGCUGAGCUGCCUGUUAUUAAAGCAGUCUGUGCUGUCUGGAAACCACUGUAUAAUCAAAGACGUUCAUCUGGCCUGCCUGGAGGGUGCAAGAGAAGAAAGUCUGCAUUUACUGAGGAGAUUCUACAAGGGAGAGGAAAUCUUUCUGGACAUGUUUGAAGAUGAGUACCGGAGCAUGACGAGUAAACCGCUGAACGUGGAGUAUCUAAUGAUGGACGCCUCAGUACUGCUGCCACCCACCGGCACCCCUUUGACUGGAAUUGACUUCGUCAAGAGACUGCCCUGUGGAGACGUGGAGAAGACACGCAGGGCGAUCCGUGUGUUCUUCAUGUUGCGGUCACUGUCGCUUCAGCUCCAGGGAGAACCUGAGACACAGCUGCCUCUGACCAGACCUGAAGACCUCAUCAAGACAGACGAUGUCUUAGACCUCAAUAACAGUGACCUAAUAGCCUGUAUGGUGGUCAGUAAAGAUGGUGGCCAGGCCCAGAGGUUUCUCGCUGUAGAUGUGUACCAGAUGAGUCUGGUCGAACCAGAAACCAAACGCCUUGGAUGGGGUGUCGUCAAGUUUGCCGGGCUUUUGCAAGACAUGCAAGUGUCUGGCGUUGAGGAUGACAGCAGAGCGUUGAACAUCGUCAUCCAUAAGCCCAGCUCCAACCCCCACGCCAAGCCUCUGCCCAUCCUGCAGGCCAACUUCAUCUUCGCUGACCACAUCCGCUGCAUCAUCGCCAAGCAGAGGCUGGCCAAAGGUCGCAUCCAGGCCCGGCGCAUGAAGAUGCAGAGGAUCGCCGCUUUGUUGGACCUGCCAGUGCAGCCCAGUGCGACAGAGGUUUUGGGUUUUGGUCAGACAGCCCAUGCUUCACCCAGCGGCCUGCCUUUCAGAUUCUACGAGCAGUCAAGACGGGCCCCCAACGACCCCACGGCAAAUAGAUCAGUCUUUGCCUCGGUGGAUAAAGUACCAGGUUUUGCGGUGGCUCACUGUGUGUCGCAGCACAGUCCCUCACCCCUCUCCUCCCCCUCGCCUCCCUCCAGCGGGAGUGGAAGCACAGGAAGGUGUGACUCUGUUACUGCAAGCACUAUAUCAGCUCAGAGCCCCACAGAUGAUGGUACAUUUUUGGAGCACACCCCGCCCUCUUCCUCGGGUGGAGAAGGGGAAGGAGGAGGUGGAGAAGUAACGCUGGUCUCCUCUACUCCUUCGACCCCAGUCCCAGCUCCGGCACUGGCCCCGAGCCUCACCCCUGCCUCCCAGCCCACCAUCUCCCUCCUCACGGACAACAACGCCGACACCCUUACCGUGGAGUCUCUCACACUGCUACCUCCUGCUGACUCACCACACCUGCACCCAUGCGCCAGCCACAUUCCCACCACGCGCCCCCUCCAGAGACCAGACGCCUCAAUCGCAGAGGAAGAUGAGGAAGAGAAAGAGGGGGAUAGCAAAGCAGAGCAAAGAGAAGAGGAGGAGCUGCAAGAGGAGGAGGGGUCGCCGAUGGAUGAGACGGAGACGGAUGUGACAGUAAAAGAGGAAACCACCACGACGGAGUUGAUCACACCCACUGACGAGGCCCUGGAGGAAGCAGAGGGAGGAGACGAGCCAGAAGGUGAGGACACACCUCUACAGGUGGAUAGAGACCUGCUCUCUGCUGCAGAGCUGCAAGAAAGAGACGACUCUGUAGAGAAUACAGAAGACGCAGAAACACACACUGAAACACCUGACUCGCCUGAACUGGAUUAAGCAACACGCACACACACACACACACAUUCAUGUUCAUGCACUUAAAUUAGUCUUUAACACACACAGAGGACAGUGAAGAGUGAUAGUUAAACUAUCCAGCUUGGCUGCAGUAUAUUUUCAUGUUGCAACCUGUAGGUUAGUGUGUGAUGUGGAUAGUCCAAGAGGCUUUUGGAGGCAUCUCAAUAUUUGUGUUUGCACAUGAAGAAAGACUCUUCUCACGUACAGAGAGGACGAGAGGACGAGACAGACAGACACUGGUCGAACUCAAGGAAGGCUCAAAGCACAUUUGGGUUUUUGUGCACUCGAGUGUGUCUGGUCAUGUGUAUGCAAGUGUUUUUAGCACGUGUGUGUCAAUGCGCACAACCAGCAAUGUUUUUUACUCAUUCUGAUCGAUUGUUUUUCAGCUCACACACGCACACCUACACACACACAUACACCACCCAUCUGUUGUGAGCUGUGACUUCUGAGCUGUUUAUUCACUCUGUCCUAAAGACCUGUCCUAUUUUUGUGUCUUAUGUUCACAUAACAGUUCACAGCUAAUGUUUUGCGGUGGUGGUCGCUACUAUGCUAACACACACACACACACACUGUACAUACAGUACACACCGAGUCAGCUGCACUAGCCUUUUAACCACUGCAUGUCAGACCCAUUAGCAGUUACUGCCACCUAUAACUGCCACUGGGUGGGUGUGUAUGUUCUGCAUUUGGUUUAGUUUUCAUUCCUCCACAUGUAAAGUAAUGAUCCAUUCAUUUCCCAUUUACUAAUUGGUGUCAAUUAUAGAAUAUGUAUUAAAUCACCUGCAACAUCUUGAGCCAGGAGGGAGCAGGUGUCAAACUGUAAACAUUCAUUUAAUGAUAACCUAGUUUUUUGUGGUCAUCUUGUACCCUGCUGGUAAACAUUUGGAGGAUUUCAUGUGGGAAUGCAACAUGAGGUGUGUGAAAGCUGCCUUUUAAUCUUGAUCACAACCAGCGCGCAGCUGGAAUGACAGUUUAGGAAAGUUUUCAGAUAUGCAACAGAAAUCAAUUAACUUUUUGCUUUUACUUCAGCUUCCAUUACAGAUCAGUCCCUGGUUUCAAAAAUCCCAAACAUUAUGCAAUAACUUGUGUGUGGAUUAGAUAAUAUGCGUUCAUUCACAGAAGUAAUUCACCUUUCAGCUGCCUGACUGGCAGAAUAAAUGGUCUGAAAGAUCUUAAUGGAGCAGAGGCUGCUAAGUAAGUGGUACAGUAGUGAUGCAUAAAGCAGAGCAUUCACUGAGUAGUAGUAAGUUUAUCUUGAGUCAGUCCAUGCAUUGAUCCGUUCAUUCAUUCAUUUUAGCAAUUCAGCCUGUGUCAACAUUGCUGUACUCAAAUAUAACACGCUGUUUUACUGGUUUGAGAAUGAAGGUAUUUCAGAUUGUUUGAUAUAUUUAGAAAAAUAGGUAAAAAAGAUAAUUUGCUUGGUUAAAUGAAACUCUGAAGGCCUCAUAGUGAUGAGUGGUGAUACAGUGUAAUAGCCAUCUGUGAUGUUAGACUUAUCAACUUUAAAGAGUCAUGAGAAACCAUUUGAAAUAACAUGCGUGUCUUGGAGUCUGCACAUCACCACAACAACACUGGGCUGAAUGUAUCUGCUAGUUGCCCCUCAGGUGCUGACCUGAGCUCAGUUUUAUUCUCUAUAUACCUGGGGAUGGGUUUAAGAAGAUAAAUGCUUUCAACACCACAGUGACUGUUAGGAGCGUCCACUCUGAAAUUUGAUAAAUUGUCACUUGUCAAAACAAGUUAUUGUUUUUUUUCCAUCCAGCUGCUGGUGACCCACAAAGUAUCUCCAGGAAAGAAAAAUAGGAGGAUAAUGUGGUUAAUACCCCCCCAAAUAACCUCAACACAAGAAGUUUGGAUCAUAUUUUAUCCCAAAGUGGGCUAUUAGUAAAACCUGGAAUUAUUGAAGUCAUAAUCCAUAUAAAACAACAACAACACUCUUGGAAAAACCAACAUUAGGAUUAAUUUAGGGUUUUUGGAAACCAGAUGCUGCCCUGAGGUCCGCCUCCGGAGGCAAACCCCCUCCUCUCCCGCCUCCUUUAAACAGCUGAAUAAAGUUUUUACGGCUGCAAUAAUCUUAAGAGCUUACCAAUGAGGGGAGAGAUGAAUGUAACAAACGAGUUAUCUCUCCAAACAGCUGUGUUGUUUGAUCAGUUUGGGAAAAUGAGAUCAGUGUAUUUUAACCUUGACUUGGUUUGUAACACUUAGGAACAAAGCACACACAAACGUAUUUUCUCCCUGUGUCCUAAUCUUUAUUUUUUACUGCUUUUAUUCUUGCUGCUUUUCCUUUCUCCUUUGCUUACUCUCUUCUUUUCUGUGCCAUCGUCAUAUAGCUGAAGUCUUAAUGCUCGGUCAUUCUUUUUUUUUAACUGUACAGUCAUCAACAAGUUUAUAAAUGAAAAAUUCAGAGCAAUACUCUUUUUUUGAGUCAGUCUCUUAGUAUUCCCAUCUUGCUGCUGGAAAGAGCAGGAGAAUGAUAGUGAUAAUCACUGACAUGCUGAAGGGGCUUGGCACAAUUUGUAGAGCUGAUACUGAUGGUUUAGAGGAGCAUGCCGCCAUGUUGAAAGACAAUAUGUCGACGUGUUCCUAAUAACCAUGACAACCUCUACCAAAACAUGCCAUCACAAGCUUCCAUUAUUAAGUCUCUGAUUGUAGUGUGUGUGUAUGUAAUAUGUUUGUAUGCUCUGUAAAUGCUUUUGGCUUUUAAAACCUGUAAUUAUUGUUAAUGAACUAAAACAGAGGAAUAAAUAAAGAACUGCAAUAAAUUAUUCUACUUAA